GCGCGGCGAGGCCGAGACGUCUCCCGCGGUGACGGCGUGAGAGGCGGAGGGCCGGCGCGCUCCCAGCCCCGGGAAAGCCCCGGCGACGCGACUGCAAGCCGGGGUCCCUCGGAGCGGCCAGGGCGCGCCGGGCUGCUAGCCUUGUUGCCCCUCCCGGCAGGGAUCCCCCCCCCCCCACCGCCGCUGCCGGCGGCCGGGACUCCGGGCCUCUCCAGGGCUUAGUCCCGAGCCCGCGACCCCGGUCUGGGUUUCCCGGGGGGUCUUCAGAGGUGUUCUUCCUGAUCUUUGAAUCCAAGGACCCCUCCCCAGACCCCCUGCUCUGCCCCAGCCCUCACGCUCCGGAUGCGCUGCCCCGCAGCUCCCUGAAAGCUGCGAGCGCACGAGCCCGGCCGGCGGGCGGCGGCGGCGGACUGACAUGCCCCGGACGCCGCUGCGGCCGGCGGGCAGCCCGCGGGGGCGAUGAACCGCUGCGGCCGGUGAGGAGCCCGGCGGCGGGGGCAUCGCGCAUCUUCCUCACCCCCUCAUUUGCCCACCGCGCUCGAGACUGAGGAAACGGUCUCUGGCCUGUCAGGAGGACCAUUGGUGCUGCAGUAGAAGCCAGCGGCUAAGUCUCGUGUAUGGCGUGGUUAAGGUUGCAGCCUCUCACCUCUGCCUUCCUCCAUUUUGGGCUGAUUACUUUUGUGCUCUUCCUGAAUGGUCUUCGGGCAGAGGCUGGCGGCUCAGGAGAUGUGCCCAGCCCAGGGCAGAACAAUGAGUCUUGUUCAGGGUCAUCGGACUGCAAGGAGGGUGUCAUCCUGCCAAUUUGGUACCCAGAGAACCCUUCCCUCGGAGACAAGAUUGCCAGGGUCAUUGUCUAUUUUGUGGCCCUGAUAUACAUGUUCCUUGGGGUAUCCAUCAUUGCUGAUCGCUUCAUGGCAUCUAUUGAAGUCAUCACUUCUCAAGAGAGAGAGGUGACUAUCAAAAAGCCCAAUGGAGAGACCAGUACAACCACCAUUAGGGUCUGGAAUGAAACUGUCUCCAACCUGACACUUAUGGCCCUUGGUUCCUCUGCUCCUGAGAUCCUCCUCUCUUUAAUUGAGGUGUGUGGUCACGGGUUCAUUGCUGGUGAUCUGGGACCUUCUACCAUUGUAGGCAGCGCAGCCUUCAACAUGUUCAUUAUCAUUGGCAUCUGUGUCUAUGUGAUCCCCGAUGGAGAGACUCGCAAGAUCAAGCACCUACGAGUCUUCUUUGUCACAGCUGCGUGGAGCAUCUUUGCCUACAUCUGGCUCUAUAUGAUCCUGGCAGUCUUUUCUCCUGGUGUGGUCCAGGUUUGGGAAGGCCUCCUCACUCUCUUCUUCUUUCCAGUGUGUGUCCUUCUUGCCUGGGUGGCAGACAGACGACUGCUCUUCUAUAAAUACAUGCACAAAAAGUACCGUGCAGAUAAACACCGAGGAAUCAUCAUAGAGACAGAGGGUGACCACCCCAAGGGCAUCGAGAUGGAUGGGAAAAUGAUGAAUUCCCACUUUCUAGAUGGGCACCUGGUGCCCGUGGAAGGGAAGGAAGUGGAUGAGUCCCGCAGAGAGAUGAUCCGGAUUCUCAAGGAUCUGAAGCAGAAACACCCAGAGAAGGAUUUAGAUCAGCUGGUGGAGAUGGCCAAUUACUAUGCUCUCUCCCAUCAACAGAAGAGCCGCGCCUUCUACCGGAUCCAAGCCACUCGUAUGAUGACUGGCGCAGGCAAUAUCCUGAAGAAACACGCAGCAGAACAAGCCAAAAAAGCCUCGAGCAUGAGCGAGGUGCACACUGAUGAGCCUGAGGACUUUGUCUCCAAGGUCUUCUUUGACCCGUGCUCUUACCAGUGCCUGGAGAACUGUGGGGCUGUGCUCCUGACAGUGGUGAGGAAAGGGGGUGACACGUCCAAGACUGUGUAUGUGGACUACAAAACAGAGGAUGGUUCUGCCAAUGCAGGGGCUGACUAUGAGUUCACGGAGGGCACUGUGGUCCUGAAGCCGGGAGAGACCCAGAAGGAGUUCUCUGUGGGCAUCAUCGACGAUGACAUUUUUGAGGAGGAUGAACACUUCUUUGUGAGGCUGAGCAACGUGCGCAUAGAGGAGGAGCCGCCAGAGGAGGGCACAUCUCCCAUGGUACCCAAUAGUCUUCCCUUUCCUCGGGCCGUCCUGGCAUCCCCUUGUGUGGCCACAGUCACCAUCUUGGAUGAUGACCACGCAGGCAUUUUCACUUUUGAAUGUGACACUGUUCAUGUCAGUGAAAGUAUUGGUGUCAUGGAGGUCAAGGUUCUGCGGACAUCAGGUGCCCGGGGCACAGUCAUCGUCCCCUUUAGGACAGUAGAAGGGACAGCCAAGGGUGGUGGUGAGGAUUUUGAAGACACAUUUGGGGAGCUGGAGUUCAAGAAUGAUGAAACUGUGAAAACCAUAAGGGUUAAAAUAGUAGAUGAGGAGGAAUACGAAAGGCAAGAAAAUUUCUUCAUUGUCCUUGGUGAACCGAAAUGGAUGGAACGUGGAAUAUCAGAGGUGACAGACAGGAAGCUGACUGUGGAGGAAGAGGAAGCCAAGAGGAUAGCAGAAAUGGGAAAGCCAAUAUUGGGGGAACACCCCAAACUAGAGGUCAUCAUUGAAGAGUCCUAUGAGUUCAAGAGUACAGUGGACAAGCUGAUCAGGAAGACAAACCUGGCCUUGGUUGUAGGGACCCAUUCCUGGAGGGACCAGUUCAUGGAGGCCAUCACUGUCAGUGCAGCAGGAGACGAGGAUGAAGAUGAGUCAGGCGAGGAGAGGCUGCCCUCCUGCUUUGACUACGUCAUGCACUUCCUGACAGUCUUCUGGAAGGUGCUGUUCGCCUGCGUGCCCCCCACAGAGUACUGCCAUGGCUGGGCCUGCUUCGUUGUCUCCAUCCUCAUCAUUGGCAUGCUCACCGCCAUCAUCGGGGACCUGGCCUCCCACUUCGGCUGCACCAUUGGCCUCAAGGACUCCGUCACGGCUGUUGUUUUUGUGGCGUUUGGCACCUCUGUGCCAGAUACAUUUGCCAGCAAAGCAGCCGCCAUCCAGGACGUGUACGCAGACGCCUCCAUUGGCAACGUCACGGGCAGCAACGCCGUCAACGUCUUCCUGGGCAUCGGCCUGGCCUGGUCUGUGGCCGCCAUCUACUGGGCCCUGCAGGGACAGGAGUUCCAUGUGUCAGCUGGCACCCUGGCCUUCUCAGUCACCCUCUUCACCAUCUUUGCGUUCGUGUGCAUCAGCGUGCUCUUGUACCGCCGGCGGCCCCACCUGGGCGGGGAGCUGGGCGGCCCUCGUGGCUGCAAGCUGGCCACGACUUGGCUCUUUGGGAGCCUGUGGCUUCUCUACAUACUCUUUGCCACGCUGGAGGCCUACUGCUACAUCAAGGGGUUCUGAGCCCCCAGAUGAGGCCUCCAGCCGGGCAGGCCUCGAACUUCUCCUAGGAGAAGGGCGCUUCCCCACCCGAGACCUCUCCAGGAUGAGCAGCCCUGGAGAGGCAGCAUCAGGACCCGAGCCCCAGGAACUUCACCCGACUAGGCCCUGGCAGUGAACUGAAAGGGCAGAGUCUUAAUCAGCCCAACAGAACGGAGGCAACACCCACUUUACCAAGUAUUUAAUUCAAUACAAAGCAACCACAGCAGCAGUCCACCUCCACCCCCUCUCCCACCCAUGACCCUGACCCAUAGCCGAGGUCAGGCCCUUUUGCCGUCUUCUAUUCUACCUUCUGAUUGUUCCUGGGGGGCAGGGUUUCUCCUGUCUGUCCAAUUCGAGACCUCACCGUUCUCACUCCGCUGGUGAGGCGUGAAAAUGAGUCCUAUCCAUGUGGCUGGCUUCGGGUUCUCUUUGCCUUGUCGUCAUUAUCUCGGUUGCUUUCAUUUCCCCAUCAGGUUUUUUCCCAGCGUUUGUUUGUUCGUUCGUCUCGUAUUUGUCUCUCUGAGGUUGGUGACAAAGGUGCUGUAAAGGAACCCAAGGUCUGAGCCGACGGGCAGAGCAUGAACUUUCAACCACACACCUCCCACUUCCACUGGGUGACAGCUGUCUCCUGCUCCAUGGACGUCCCUUCCCCCCGCCUUUGAGUCUCUGCAUUCUUGAGUGAAGCGAUGGCAUUAGGGUGGCAGUAAGUUUGCACACCCACCGUGGGGGCGCUAAAGAACGGGGGGCUGUGGCUGGAGCAGGAACAACUUUGUACCAAGCUUCUGUCGACAUCCGGUUUCAAGCAAGACAUUUUUCUCUUCCCUGCCCAAGCUUUUCAAACUCUCAUCGUGUCCAUGUCUAUAUGUUCAUCCCUUUGCAGGAAGACCCACCACGGGAGAGACAGGGACAACAUAGGAAUGGAAUGUGAUGACGAUGCAGAGCAGCAAGGGAAACAGAAAGGAAAUACGACUCCUAAAGCAUCUUUGGCUUCAUAUCUGAGGCAGGAGAGAAGCAGUGUCCACCGAGUGAGCUCUUUAAGGCGAAAGAUUAUCUUUCACGUCAGUGCUUCUGAGACACAGCCCUCUCACUUCCUAAAGCACCAGACUCAGAGCACGGAUCUGUGUUUCUUGACUGAAUGCAAAAACCUAGAGGUUUAUAAGAAAAUGAGGGGCUCCUUUCAUCUUUCCUGGUCUCUCGGGCCAUGUUUAAAAGCAUCUUCCCAAGACGGGAACUGGACCUCAGCUCUCCCACAUUCCUGCUUGUUUUUAAACCUCGUGAGGCUCUUUUUCCAGCCUAUGGGUUAUUUCUUGCCUUGGUAGGAGGGAUCUUAGUUGCCGUAAUCCCAUGGAGCCUGGGUUUAUAGAAAGAGAGAUGGCUGUGCCCUAGAAAUUUUCCCAACAAAAUUUUGAAAGGCUUUAAAACACACACACACACACACACAUAACCACACAUAUGAAGUCACACAAAACUGCCCACAGAUCUUUAGGCUUUCUGCAUUGACAUAAAUACAUUUUUUAAGGGAAAGAAAAAAUUAAAAAAAAAACACCUGUUUAAUUUUAAACACAUUUUUAAGAAAAAAAUACGAAAAAAGAAACAGUGCUCAUGUUGUAAGCGAUGUUGACCGUUGCCAGUGGAAAUGCUGAGUUGGUUUUAAAAAAAAAAUAAAAGCUAUACUUAUAUCUCUCUAAA